AUGAUAAGUCUCGUUAACUGGAACUUAUUUUUAUCUAAAUUUACAGUAUAUGGAUUUAACACUAUCAAUACAAACGAGGUGAAGUUUUUGAAAACCGUUAGUUUUAAAAAACACGGUAAACCAUUAGAAAAUUUCACACUGUUACCGUCAUCAAUAAUUGAACAGAAUAUUUCUAAUGAGUAUAUGUUAAACGAUCACCCAUUAUCUGUACUUAAUUUUAAUAAAUACCAAAAGUUCUCCUAUCUAAAUGAUAUGCAACCGGAAAAUGUUGAUAAUUCAAAACAUCCAUUAUUAUCUGAUCCAUUGUUUGAUCCUUCAAUUCUUACAGAUACUGCUGCACGUGUCAUUCAAUCCAAUCGUUGUACAACGGAAGAACGUCAAAAACGAAUACAAUGUUUUGAAGUACUACCUGCAGAACAAUAUGCUAUACCAUUAGGACAUACUGUGAAUAUGCAAUGUGUUGUUUUAAAUCAACAUGGCAAAGUUCAAUGGCGUGCGAAAAAAAUACUUCUUGGUUAUGAUCGUUCUAUACCGGGUUAUUCAAGAUUCAGAAUAAUUGGUGAUGUUGGACGAGGAGAGCAUACAUUACAAAUCACAGAUGUUCAACGUGAUGAUGCUGGAGAAUAUGAAUGUCAAGUUACGCCAGUCCCGGUUAACAAUCAUCCAUUAUUGAGAAGAAAAACGUAUUUAGAAGUUCUUAUAAAACCAAAUGAACCACAAAUUUUUUAUCAAAAUGUACAGUUACCCGACAAAAAAUUAAUUAUAUCUCAACCUGAUCCUAUUUUACGUAUUAGUUUGGUGUGUUCUGCUGCUGGUGGACGACCAGCUCCAAAUUUCAAAUGGUUACUCAAUCGUCAUGAAAUACCGAAUUUGGAAGUAAAAUCUAAAACACCAAUGAGUCCUAAUGAAGUUGCAAAAAUGAAUAAUUUGCUCAAAGUUUGGGGUAAAUUACAUCCUAUUAUCACUGUUGAAGAAAAUGGAGAACAAUCCACUAUGAGUAUUCUGAAAGCUGGUUUAGAAGAUGGUAAUGAAAUUGUAUGCAGUGUGUCAAAUGCUGCAACACAAAUUAAUCAUGAUCCAAUGAAACGUAAUUUAUCAGUAGCAAUUACCGUAGAUGUUCACACUCCUCCUGGUCCUCCAAAAAUUGUCAGUCCUGAAUCAAAUCAUGUUUAUCUAGAUGGUGAACAGUUACGUGCUGUGUGUAUUUCCUCACCACCUGGUAAACCGUUAGGUGGACUAUUUUGGAGAUGGUUAAUAAAGCCAAGUCAAGUUGAUGACAGUGAUAUUCAAAAAAUUAGUGGAAUCGGGGGAAAAGGCGGUGCUAGACUCAGUGAUUACACAUCAGUUGAAGCUUAUUUACGAAGUUUAGACAGUAGUAGUGAUGGUGGUAAUGGCCCCUCACAGAAAAUGCUUAUACCAGAAACAUCUAAUCAUUUACAGCAAGGUGAUUUCAUUUCUGAAGAUGUUCAACCGCUGCACUAUACACUUACUAAAGAGAAAGAUCAAUUGGUAAAUACACUUAUCAUUCAAAGAAUUACUCGUAAAUAUCAUGCUGCCAAACUGAUUUGUGAAACUGGACAUCCUGUAGGUUCAGCUCAUCAAACAAGCAUUACAAUACUUGUAAAAUAUGCACCAGCUAAUGUUACAAUUUCGGUAGAAACUGGUAGUAUCGAUGAUGAUCAUAAUAGUGGACGUCGAGAAAAAGUGGCCUAUGCUCGUGCCGGUGAGACGAAAACAUUUAUUUGUAAAACUGCUCCAUAUUACGGACAAGCAACUAUUAAAUGGUUGUUCCAGUCAGCUGGCGCCAGUAUAACAACACCUCCCAAACAAUUGGUUGAUAAAGCAGUCACCUUCAAAACACCUGAUGGAGAGAGUUUUUAUCAAGAGUCACGGAUUCAGUUUACUGUCCGGCCAGAAGAUGAUAAAAGUUAUAUAGAUUGUCUUGUUUGGAGUGUUGGAGAUGCACGCGUUGAUUCAAGAGUGCGUUUAGAUAUUAUUUAUCCCCCGGAUCCACCUAAAAUUACCGGUUAUAAGAGUGGCCAACCAGUGAACAUGGCUCAUCUUUUGGAAUUAUCAUGUACUACCACAGGUGGUAAUCCAUUGCCUGAACUUCAGUGGUAUAAAGAUAAAAAGCCGAUCACAAACAAUGUCGAACCAAUAGUUGUUGGAAAACAAACCACUGCAAAACUAAAGAUUGCACCACAAAAAGAAGAUAACGGUGCUCAAUACCAUUGUUCAGCUCGUAACACAGCAACAAAUAAUGAAUGGAUCGAUAGUGAGGCGUUAAUUUUAAAUGUUUUAUUUCCACCACAACGAGUGAGUCUUAAUUUCGGCGGUAAAUCAGUAGUUCAAAGUGGUGAACAACUUGUUAUCAAUUGUCAGGCUGAUAGUUCAAAUCCAGUUGCUGUUAUCACAUGGCGUCAUUAUCAAUGUGGACCAGCGCAUGCAUUUUAUCGACGUCAACUGUUACAGCAACAACAAAAGUUACCAAAAGCUAGUAGUAAUACAAAUGAAGGUGAAAAGUGUAAAUUAUUGGAAUUAAAAGGUUCCGAUGAAACACCUAUUCCUGGAGCAUCUGGUGGUUUAUUAGCCAGAAGUCAUUUGUGGUUACGUCCAACUUGGCGAUAUCACAUGGACUUUAUUGAAUGUCAAGCAGAGAAUCCAGUCUACGGUCCACCUAUAUGGCAUGAUCGACUUCAGUUAAAUGUUACAUUUGCACCACAGUUUUAUGGUCUUCAAACUGGUGAUCAACGAGUAAUACGAGAAGGUGAAACAACUAAUUUGGACUUUGGAUUAUAUGCAAACCCUCCAGUUACAUCUGUUUCAUGGUUUCGUGAUGAUCAAUUACUUCCAUUUGAACCAAAAGAAACUGAUAUAUGGCAAGGUGUUUUUGCAGCUGGUUCCGUUGGAGAACUAUUGUCAUUACAUAAAAUUAAUCGAGAAAAUAUGGGUAACUAUACAGUGAUAGUUUCCAAUACACAGCAUGAGUCACGAAGUACAUUUUUUUUAAAUGUUACAUAUCCAGCAAGUAUCGUUGGGAAACUUGAAGAGAACAUUACACAGACAAAUAAAGAGUACGCUGCUUUAGACUGUAAAGCCAACGCAAAUCCAGCUAUACCUGGUAAAAUCUUCACAUGGUAUCGUUAUUUUCCACCUAAAGGAUGGACAGAAGAAGUAGAUGAGGGUGCAUUACAAUUAAGUGAACCAAUUUAUUGUAAUCAGUCUCAAGCAAAUAAAUCAAAAAUGUUUGCUCAAUGUUUUCAACAAGAUAAAUUUCAUAUUUCUAGUACAUUUUACAUUUAUCAACUUACAGAAGAUGAUGUUGGCAAAUAUAUUUGUGAGGUCAAUAAUGGAAUAGGUGAACCAGUAAAGAAAACAUUUAAUCUUUUACAUCAUUUUCCUCCAAAGAUAAUUCAAUUGCCUCGAUAUACAAAAGCAGCUGGUGUACAAGGUUCCAAAGUAUGGUUAACCUGUUACAUUCGUACAGAACCAAUUCCACAAAUUGCAUGGCUCAAAGAUAACAAACUUCUUUCGAUGGAUGCGUUAAUUCAAAAUAAAAAGUCAGAGAGUAGAAACGACAUAAGAAAAUAUGAAGAUUUUCUGACGCAUAUACGUCCUGGCUUAUAUAAAGCUCAGUUAGCUGUCAACGAUAUCAGAAAAUAUGACUUUGGUUCAUACAAGUGUCAGGCUGCUAACAUACAAGGUGAAGCUCAUUUGGAAAUUAAUUUAUCUGGAACAUCCACUCCAGAUGUCCCGAUAAAUUUUCGUCUUCUAAACGCAACUCCAACAACUCUACAUGUUGCCUGGACUCAAGGUUUUGAUGGUGGAUUGGCACAAACGUUUCAGGUUCGUUGGCGUGAAGUUGGUUCAGUUAGUUUGUACAAAUAUGCUGAUGUAGCAUCGAAUGGUAAUCGAAAUGGAGUUGAAUACUUAAUCACUGGCUUAAAACCUGGCAGUGAAUACAUAGUCAGUGUGAACUCGAUGAAUUCAAAACAUGGAGCUAGUGCUUAUACAGAUCCUAUUAAUUUGAGAACCUUAUCAUUAGAUAAAUACAAAGGUCAUGAACCGAUAACAUCCUUAUCAAAUGCUGGAUAUUCCGACGAUAAUGCCCUAUUAAUCAUAGUAUCUGCAUGUGUAUUUGGAUUUGUUGUUCUGCUUGUGAAUGUUAUCGUCAUUAUUUUCUUAAUUAAACGACGUCGUCAUCGAGAUAUGAUGAGAAGACAACAAUAUAAAUCAUCGGAUCAAGGAGUUACUAUGGCCAAUGGUAUAGCAUUAACACGAAAUGAUCAAUCUGCGACUGAUAUGAAAGCACAUCUUCAAUCAUCGUUUAUCGAUCAAAAUGAUAAUUUUAUAGAUACUACUGAUAUGAGUACAACAUGUAUAUGUUGUCCUCCUAAAAAACCAAAACUCAUAAGUUCAGGUUAUGUAAAAGCAGACUCCUAUGGCAAUUUUUCCCGUACACAUGUUUAUGCACCUCAUGAUACUUGUCCAUCUCAAUGCUCUCAGCAUAUACCUGCAGAUGUUGGUCAACAAGGAUAUUUGUCGAACCAUACCACUACAAGCAGUAUUCCAGAUUUUAAUCAUUUAACUUCUAAUCCAAUGACAACAGGUUAUCCAGUUUGUCAUUUAGCAUCUCCAAAUCCGUAUUACAAUAACACACUGAAUUACCCAAUGACUCGUCAUAGUUCUACGGAACUUGGAUUAGCUUAUUCCUCAACAAACCCAGUUAAUCAAUCAAAACGUGAACAUGGGAGUAUAAAACAUUCCACUCGCUAUGGUCAACACACUCCAAGGCAACCGAAUCAGUCACGUUACUAUGGUACCAAACCUAAUCUUGGAGGUACGCGUUAUUUUUGUUCAUCAAGAGAAGUUAUCCAGUCGAACACAUCUCGACAAAAUAUACCUCAUUAUGAAAAUCGACAAAGUGUAAACAAUCUUUCUCAUGCAAUAUCCAGUGAAAUAAUUACUCAUCAAAACCAAUGUAAUUGUGAUCAACAAUUUUCUAUGCAUAAACCACAUCAAAUUCAAUAUCACAAACGAUUACCAUAUUCUUGUUCUACUUGUUUGAAAUCAAAAUCAAGUUUACAUAAUAGUAAGCAGUCAUUUCAUACACUUAACACUCAAAGCUCUGUCAUUGAUAAUUUUUCUGAAGAGGACAAGGAUUCGGAUCGUAGUCGUUAUGUGGAUCAACUUAGACGUAUUCAGUACAGUGGUGGGCCAACCGCUCAGCUUUUAUUAGGUGAUAUCAACAUACAUAGCGAUCAUUCAAGUCCUGAUUCAAAUUUAGCACCUGCUCAAGAGGAGCAUAAUUUAAACAGAUUUGAAUCGAAAUCCAAAUUAAAUUUGCGCAAGACUGAAUCGUCAAACAAUGCUGAGAAUAAUCACUUUACCUCCAACUUAAAUCAAUAUAACCAACAACCAGACGGUUUAACAGACGAUGGAAAACUUGAAACAUCAAGAUUAUUGUAUUCAGGUCAGUUUAGCCGUGAACAACAACAAAAUCAAUAUAUUUCUGAUGGCUUCUCUGCAAUUCCAAAUGUAGAUAGAAGUGAGAUUAGGUCAACUCAUCUAUCUGACUGUUUUGUCUAACAUCUUUUAUUUUCUUUCUCUCUCUUUUUAAAUUAACUUCUGUUUUGUAAAUUGUUGCUUCAAACUCACUUUCUUUACUAAUUAAUAUUUCCGGUUUAUGAGUUGAAUGCUACAAUUUAUAAGCAAUCUAUAUCUUUUACUGAUGAAAACAUUUUCAAUAUUCGUAAAUUACUUAGUAUUUCGAAUAAUACUUACUUUCCUAACUAACAUUCCUCAUAUGAUUAUAAAUUAAAAAACAACCCAAUCAAGUUCGUUCUUACAAAACUACAUUACAUGAGUAUUUGUGAAUUCUUUCUCAACCUUUUGUAAUAUUUCAUAUUCACACUUGUAUAACAAUGUAAAGUUAAACAUUUCUGGUUAAAUUUUAGUGUAUUUACGAUGAAAAGUCGCUUUUGAAUUGUGUAAUGAUAAACUCCUAAUUUCACAUCAGUCUAAUUUGAUAACUGACAGACAAGAGUUGGUGUUGUUUUUCUUGAUUAGCUGAAAAAAAAAGGACUUGUAGGUUGUAAUUAUUCAUCUCAACUUUACGAUGUUACUAUAAUUAUUAGUUGUAUAAGCAUGUGAUGAUUGUGAGACUAUAAUUUUUCACAGAAAAUAAAUUAUUUUCUCUCCUAAUAUUGGUCAUUAUUUUUGUUAGAG